AUGGGUUUGUUUCUUAACACAGUGUACAAAAGCGUAACUAGCACCGUGAGUGACGCUCGUGAGGCACUUUUCAACUCCUGUGUGGAUGCAGUGGCGACAUUAAACCGUCAUCUGCACGCAUCCACUUUCUCAGCUUCGUUGCUCUCGCCAAAGAGUCUCAGCUUGCUGCCACUGUAUAUCCUCGGACUGAUGAAACACACUGCGUUUUCUUACGGAACGAGCAUCAAGCUGGAUCACCGCGUUAUGGCCAUGGCCAACUUCAUGUGGCUGCCAAUUUCUUUGCAGAUGCUCGAGGUGCAUCCGAACCUCUACUCAUUGUCUAGCAUCGCUAAACAGGAAGGAGAUCUUUUGUUGUUACCACUGUCUUUUGAAAAUAUCGAAAAGGAUGGCGUCUAUCUGAUGGACGCUGGAAGCUAUAUGUACCUGUACAUCGGCAAGGAUGUUCCAGAUUCAUUCUGCAGCAGUCUGUUUGGUGUGGUUAAACCACUGGAUAUUGAUCCAGCGAUGGUAAGUUCUCCAACGUUAUUAAAUUGUUAUAUUCUAAUAUAACC